AUGACAUCGUCGCCUAAACGUUUAUUCGCCAUUAGUCCGGAGGAAAUUGGUGAUCGACCAAAAUUCGCUUGGCAAACAGGUCAUGGUACACAUAUCGCUGCUGUCGGUUCAUUGAAUAAAAUUACGAUCCGAAAUCGACAAGGGGAUGAAAUUUCUCAAAUAUCACUGGGCGGGCCAUGUCUUCAAAUGAAAUGGGAUAAAGAUGGAGAUACACUAGCAGCUAUCCAUGAAAAAUCGAAUAUUGUCUAUUUAUGGAAUUCUACCAGUCAAAAGACAACGACAAUUGACACUCAAACCAAGGAUUCAGUUACUGUUAUUGCUUGGUCGAAAUCAUCUUCUCUCUUGGCGAUUGGUACAUCACGUGGAAAUGUUAUUCUUUACGAUCAAUCCACUGCAAAAAAAGUACCUCUACUCGGUCAACACUCUGGUCGAAUAACAACAAUGGCUUGGAGUAAAGAUAAUCUUUUAGCAAUAGGAGCAGACGAUAAUCAUAUAUCUGUUAUGUUAUCAACUGGAUCGGUUAUUCAACGAUGUGCCACGAAUGAAGCGCCGAAAAAUAUCAAAUUUUCGGAAAUGAAACGAGAAAAACGAGGAACAUACGAAGAAAGCACAGUUAGUGCCAUUAUUGGUAGAAAACACUUAGGCUUGUGGACAGUAGUAGAUCCGAAUAGUAAUGCUGCCUCGAAUACCGGUAGUCAAUUGUUUACAUUAAAUUUCCAAGAUAAAUAUGGCGAUAUCGUUGAUUAUCAAUGGUUUGGGGAUGGUUAUAUUAUGAUAGGAUUUAGUGGCGGUUAUCUCAUUGUUAUUUCGACAUAUCAUAAAGAGAUAGGCGAAGAAUUGCAUAAAACUCGGGAUCAUAAAGGUUAUUUAUCGAGUGUAGCGAUAUCUACUGCAUUAAAUAAAGCAGCAACUUGCGGAAAUGGUGGAAUUAAACUUCAUGAACUAACAGAUCAAUACGUUAUUGAUUCGAUCAUCACAAUCGACGAAGGAAAUGAAAAUCUUACUGAAAUUUCAUGGAGUGUGGACGGUCAGUUACUUGCAGUGGCUAAAGCUACAGGUGCAAUUUAUGUUUACUUGACGAAAUUAUCCAUGGUAGCGAGUGUUUGGCAGCAAAAAAUCGCGUUUCUGACGUCCUUACAUGAGGUUUCGAUCUAUGAUCAUCAAACAAAGACUAAAGUCGACAGUAUUCAUUUGACAACAGAAAUCGAACCAAGUGUGUUAGCAAUGAGUGAUACCUACAUUGCUGUUGGAUUUAAUAAUCGAGCGUUGUAUUAUCGUAUUCAGAGUAUCGAAGAAGUGAAACGAGCGUCAGAACAUGAUUAUCUAGGUACAAUUACUGAAUUACAAAUCAAUUCGUCCUAUGCAGCUGCGUUUAUGAAUGGACGUAUUCAAUUACACAUGAUUGAAGAAUCGGAUCGACGUAGUGAAGAACGGCAAUCAAUCAUGUUUCCUUUAGCUGAUGCGAAUGAUGGGAAAAUACUUUGCUACGGUUUAACCAAAGAUUAUCUUGUUUAUGGAACAGAUAAAGGAAUUUUGAAUUUCUUUCAUAUUGAGGAAUGGCAAAUUGUGAAUAAAUUCGAUAAGCAUAAGACUGGAAUUCAGAAAUUAUUUCCAGAGAACUUUGGUACAUCCGUUGCAUUUAUUGAUCAAAAAGGAGAUGGAUAUUUGUACAAUGUAUUUUUUGAACAUCCAACCAUCAUUCAAAUCCCGAAUCUUCCGUCCGGAACAAGGUCAAUUCUCUGGGAAACAAAUGUCGAAAAUGAAUGGAUUUUCAUUAGUUUUGAUUCGGAUUCAAUCUCGACAUAUUCUGUCUAUCGUGAUUCACUAAAAGGACCUCAAAUAAUGUUUGUCGGCACAACACGCGUGCCCAUGUUCAAUACUGUUCCUCUACUUCUCAACGCAGGUCUUCUCCUUCUACUUGAUUCAUCUGGUAAAAUUGUUCAAACGAAAUUAGACACUUACGGAUUCUUAAACGAUUCCAAUGAACACGAAUAUACACUUGCAGAUGCCAUUGAUCGAUUAUCGAAAGCUAUUCUAAUGAAAAGAUAUGAAGAUGCAAUGUUUUGGGCGAAACAAUUGAAUGAUAGCAGUGAAUGGAAUAAAUUCGCAACUGCGUUACUCUAUUCCCUCAAUGUUGAUUAUGCAAUCAAAGUUUUUCGAGAAAUCGGACACCCGGGAAUGGUUAUGACUUUGGAAGAAAUUAAGCAUGUGGAAGAUAAAAGUUUGGUGUCAGCACAUUUCGCUGCACUCUUUGGUGAUUAUGACCUUGCUCAAGAACUUUUCCUCAAAUGCGGUUGUCCACUUGAAGCUCUAAAUAUGCGACGAGAUUGUAUGCAAUUUGAAGCAGCAAUGACACUUGCAAAGGCUUAUGAUCCUGACCAAAUACCGUACAUAUCGGCAGCACAUGCUGAACAACUGGAGUUUACUGGAGAUUCGAGUUCGGCAGUAAAGUUCUAUGAACAAGGUAUAACGAAAAAGGAGAAGGAUAUUCAGCAUGAUCAAAGAUGUUUGACUGGUCUUGCUCGAUGUUAUAUCAAAGUUGGGGAAAUUAAGAAAGGAGUGAUGAUUGCAUUACGAUUGCCGGGGAAGGAAAUCAAAGAGGAAUGUGGAAAAUUACUGGAAGCGUUGAAACAAUGGCCUGAAGCCGCUGAAUUAUUCGAAAAAGCACAAUGUUGGGAUAGUGCAGCAAUCGCUUAUAUCAAAAUAAAAAACUGGGUAAAAGUCGGAGAUAUUCUUCCGAACGUCAACACGCCAAAGAUUCAUUCGAUGUAUGCAAAGGCAAGAGAAAGUGAAGGUAGAUACAAAGAAGCAUGCGCUGCUUAUAUGAAAGCAGGAGAAUGGGAAAAUGCUAUUAGAAUUCAAUUGAAUCAAUUAAAGUCGCCUGAACAAGCCGUUAAAAUUGUUCGUGAAACUCAAAGUAUCGAAGGUGCAAAAAUGGUUGCACGUUUCUUCGAAUCCAUCAAUGAUUACAGUUCUGCCGUACAAUUUCUCGUUUUAUCAAAAUGUUACACUGAAGCUUUCUCAAUGGCCCAACAAAAUGGCCUUAUUGAACUCUAUGCACAAGCCAUUGAAAAAGUUCUCAAAGACGGUCGAGAUAUCCCAUUGGAUGAUCUGGAAAGUACAGCAAUAUUCUUUCAAAAUCAAAACAAUCAUUUACUUGCUGGAAAAUUCUUUAUGUUUGCACAAAACUACGAUCGAGCGUUAACUCAUCUAAUGCGUUGUACUGGUGCGAAUGAAAGUAAAGGAAUCGAUUUAGCUUUGAUAUGUGUUGGACGAGCACGUAGUCAACAGUUGACACAGAAAUUAUUGGAUUAUUUACUUGGAGAAAAGGAUCAAAUCCCAAAAGAAGCGAAAUAUCUCUUUCGGUUCUAUCUCAGUUUGGGACAGUAUACUGAAGCAUCGAAAACAGCAAUUAUUAUUGCACAGCAAGAUCAGGAAUCGGGAAACUAUCGAAGUGCUCGAGAUGUUUUAUUUACUAUGCAUCAAGAAUUAAAAGCACAACAUACGGCUAUACCAUUCGAAAUGGCGAAUAGUCUAAUGUUAUUACAUAGUUAUAUUCUGGUUAAAGUUCAAAUCAAACUUAACAAUCAUACUCGUGCCGCACGACUUCUCAAUCGUGUCGCGCAUAAUGUUAGCAAAUUUCCUGCACAUAUUGUUCAAAUCUUAACAACAACGGUGGUCGAAUGUCAAAAAGCUGGCAUGAAUAAUACAGCAUUCAACUUUUCUCUUAUCUUGAUGAAACCGGAAUAUCGUGAUCAGAUCGAUACAAAAUAUAAGAAGAAAAUUGAAGCACUCGUUCGAAAACCUGAUAAAAGUGAAACAGAUGAAGAUUACACAUCGUGUCCACAAUGUCAUCAACGUGUACCUGAUUACGAAUUAUUAUGUCCAAGUUGUCAAUUGGCAUUGCCAUAUUGUAUUGUUACAGGAGCACACGUCAUCCGAGAUGAUUUUUGUGUAUGUCCAUCGUGUAAUUUUCCGGCUAUUCAUUCUGAAUUUCUCAGAUAUUUAACUACAGAUGACACAUGUCCAAUGUGUUCAGCAAAAAUCGAUGGAACUCGUCUAACACGAAUGGAUAGUGGCGAAGCUGUUGACCGAUUUCUAGCACAAUCAUCAGAUAUGGCUUGA